AUGAGUGUUAGGAAGCCUAUAACGCCGUUGGAUGUUCUUCGCAACUGUCGCGCCAAAGUAGUUUCUGUUGAGCUGGCGGGCGGUGAAACCAUCAAUGGCACGGUUGUGCGCGUGGACCGGGCGAUGAAUAUGGUUUUGAAGCAGUGCAUUCGGACAUCAGCUGAUGGUGAAGCGUUUUGGCGCUCACGUGAGUCCCUCAUCCGCGGUGCGAGUGUUAGAAACGUUCGUAUGGAUGAACGGGCUGUGAUAAUUGCGGAUGCUCAGCUUCGUGAGGUCACAAGCAAGAGCAAGAACAAGAACAGGGUCAAGGCUAAGAGCAACGAUAAGCAGCAGGGGGAAAGGAAAGCUACGUUGAGCGGUGAAAAGCGUAACCGCGGGAAGUAA